AUGGUCCCCGUUCGAAAGCCAGGCAGACCUUUGAGCACAUGUCCUCAUCCACCCUCCCGCGGUUGCGGCUGUGGUAGCGUAACGGCCGCCAUCCCGAGAAAGCAGAAAUGCGGCUGCGGCUCCAGCAACGCCGGAACCCCCGCAGAAUCCCCCAGUGUCAUCAAGGCAGAAUCGCCGGCGAGCGAUGUCCCGCCAAUGUCCCCGACCAAGGCAUCCGCCGCCUCCUUUCGCAUACAAAAGUCCGCCCCCAAGGCGGCCAGUCGCAAGCAGUCGUUCGAUCCCGUGAACCUCGAGAGAAUGGAUGCCACCAAUAUCAACAUACUGCCGCCAUACGACAUGGCCCAAGCGAAUCACAUGCCGCAAGCCAACGGUGGCAUACCGGGCAUGCCCGCACCUAGAAAUGGGAUGGAGUACGGCGGUAUGACCAUGAUGGGCGGCGUUAACGGCGGUUUCCACCAACCCAUCAUGGGCGCCGAAGCCCGCCCCUCCGCCCUCGUUGACGAGUACCAGCACGGGUGGCUCAUGUUGCUCAGGGCCGAGCAAAGCCGAGGGGAGCUCUACACAGCCUUCUAG